AUUUUACCGCGAUGAAUAUACUCAACUAAUCAUAAAGACAUUGGAACAAUAUAUUUAAUUUUUGGUGCAUGAGCAGGAAUAUUAGGAUUAAGUAUAAGAAUAUUAAUUCGACUUGAGCUAGGUCAACCAGGAAGAUUAAUUGGUAAUGAUCAAAUUUAUAAUGUAAUCGUAACUGCCCAUGCAUUUAUUAUGAUUUUCUUUAUAGUAAUACCUAUUAUAAUUGGGGGAUUUGGAAAUUGGCUUGUCCCUAUUAUAUUAGGGGCCCCUGAUAUAGCUUUUCCACGUAUAAAUAAUAUAAGAUUUUGGCUUUUACCCCCUUCAUUAUUUUUAUUAAUUAAUUCAUCUUUAGUUGAAUCAGGAGCAGGGACUGGAUGAACUGUGUAUCCCCCAUUAUCAUCAAAUUUAUCUCAUUACGGCCCUUCUGUUGAUUUAGCCAUUUUUUCUCUUCACUUAGCUGGGGCAUCAUCAAUUUUAGGGGCAAUUAAUUUUAUUACAACUAUUUUAAAUAUACGUUCUAUUGGCAUAUCUAUAGAACGUAUACCUUUAUUUGUCUGAUCUGUUUUAAUUACAGCCAUUCUUUUAUUAUUAUCUUUACCUGUUUUAGCAGGGGCUAUUACUAUAUUGUUAACAGACCGAAAUUUUAAUACUUCAUUUUUUGACCCUUCAGGCGGAGGAGACCCUAUUUUAUAUCAACAUUUAUUUUGAUUUUUUGGCCACCCUGAAGUUUAUAUUUUAAUUUUACCAGGCUUUGGUAUAAUUUCUCAAAUUAUUUGUUAUAAUACAGGUAAAAAAGAGCCUUUUGGAAAUUUAGGUAUAAUUUAUGCUAUAGCGGCAAUUGGUUUAUUAGGAUUCAUUGUGUGAGCACACCACAUAUUCACAGUUGGAAUAGAUGUAGAUACUCGAGCUUAUUUUACAUCGGCAACCAUAAUUAUUGCUGUUCCUACAGGAAUUAAAAUUUUCAGCUGACUUGCAACUUUACAUGGUUCUAAUAUUAAAUUUAACGCUUCAAUUUUAUGAGCUUUAGGAUUUGUUUUUCUAUUUACCAUUGGAGGUUUAACAGGAAUUAUAUUAGCAAAUUCUUCAAUUGAUAUUAUUUUACAUGAUACUUAUUAUGUAGUAGCUCAUUUUCAUUAUGUCUUGUCAAUAGGAGCAGUAUUUGCUAUUAUAGGAGCUAUUGUUCAUUGAUUUCCUAUAUUUUUUGGAAUAAAUCUUAAUUCUAUUUUAACAAAAUCUCAAUUUGUUAUUACCUUUUUAGGGGUAAAUUUAACUUUUUUUCCUCAACAUUUUUUAGGCCUUGCGGGAAUACCUCGACGAUAUUCUGACUAUCCUGAUUUUUUCUCUAAAUGAAACUUUUUAUCCUCUUUAGGCUCAUUAAUUUCAUUAGUAGGGGUUAUUAUAUUAAUUAUUAUUAUUUGAUUAAGAAUUGAAGAAAAAAAAAUAAUUAAUUUUUCUAACUUUAUAAAUUCAUCAAUUGAGUGAAUAUUAAAUUUUCCUCCCUCAGAACAUUCAUUUAAUCAAAAUAACAUUAUUAUUAAAUAA